CGGCCCUCGAGCCGUCGUAACACUUAAACCCAACAACAACAUCCUCCAUUGCUGCCCUGAAGCUCGAGAAAAAGAAAUGAGAGUACCGUGAGGAAGAUUUAUGUUAGGUUGAAGUGCGUGUUAUGUUGCAGUCACUGUGACAUUACUGCUGUGCUGAGGAAAGAGAGCAGAAACUUCAGCAUGAAUGUUAAUGUAUUUCUUGAACGACCAGAAGGCUCGGCUGUAGUUAACUAGAUCUGGCAGGUUCAUCCUGUGGAAUGAGUGAGAGUGGCAGUCAUAGAACAUUUGUCAGAUACUUGCAGCAAGAUUACUUAAAAUGGCAACACAGGAAAAUGAAACUAUUAUACCAUCCCAUACCCCAAAGUGCUUGCAGGAGCAAGGCUUAGAGAAGUUGGUUAGUUUGGUGUUGCAGCAUUCCAUCCCCUCAUCACUGCAUAGUACAAACUUCCUCCAGUUACAAGAGUCAUAUAUUGUAUGUGAUCACAACAACAAACUGGACAAUAUUCUUACAUCAGAAGGACCAGAGCUGAGUCAUGAGAAAACACUGUUCAUGGAACAUCUUCAGAAAUUAAAGCAUUGGUGGGAAAAUAAUGAGUGGCUUGGCAAGCAGAAUUCAGAAAUUCGAAAGCAAAUAAAAGAGCACUUCACCAUGUAUCUAGAGCUAGUGGACCCACACUGUGAAUUUCCACUCUUCAGAUUUUUGCUUCAACUUAUGUUUUCAACAAGAGUUCUUGGCACUACUGAUGCUGCAGAGUUUCCAGAUUAUCCAAAGAUGCAGAUAGAGCUACAUCGAAAUAGAUGCCCAGCAUUCUCAGAAGUUUUAAAAUCUUUGAAGCCAUUUGGAAUAGAAGAAUUAUCAACACAACACAUAAUCUUUGGAGAUAUUGAACCAUGGAUUAUUGUUAUUGAAAAUUCUCCAUUCCUAAAGAAAGUGCAUUUACGGCAAAAUAUUUGUGAAGAGAUUCUUUUGUGCAUAGGACAGCACUGUCCUCUGAUAGAUACAUUCAUAGUAGAACAGCUCUUAGGCAGAUUAAUGGUUCCAAUUGAUUGUUUAUACAAAACAUUUUUCUCAGGCUUUGAUUAUGAAAGAGUUAAUGUGUUUUCUAAAAGUAGAAGAGGUUUAGACAUGCAGAAAUAUUUAUCCUUUCCAAGGCUUAAGUAUGUUGACCUUGGAGAUAGAAAGAAAUUUAUGAAGGUUGUUAAAAGGCAAACUUUUACAGAAUUUUUGUAUAAUCUAAUGCUUUUUUAUCCAGAUAUAGUGAGUAUAUCAUGUCAUUCUUUGCAGCCCUUUUCACCUAUAUUACCCAUAAGUUUGCCACAGCAUCGUUACUUUAUGUCUUACAACAUUAAGCAUAUUGAUCUCAUUGGAUUAAUGUCUUAUGUACAAUAUUGCUUACCCCAACCUUUAUGUCAGCCUAAAGGAAGUAUUGAUACAAAAUCUAUCCUUUUAUCUUUUAAGAAGCUGCAGCAUUUAACACUGUGUCAUUGUGCAAGCAUUAACACAAGUGAUGAAAACAUUAAGGAGUAUGCAAAAUUUGCAGAAAAUUGGUUACCAAAGUUUGGAUGCAAAAACUUCACUAUUCAUGUACCUUUUACACCUUCUGAGGACAUCAGAAAUGGUCAGUUUCUUUCUCUAUAUAUCCCACUUUUUAGUAGAAUAGGACAGAGCUUAUGUGCAUUACAUUUUCACUUACAUGUGAGUAUAGAUUUAAGUGAAAUAUGUCAGCUUAUAUCACUUUGCCCCAACCUUGAGCUUCUUGAGAUAAGGUUGCUUGCAGAAGUCAACAUAUGUAGUAAAACAAACUUUAAUAUCCAAAGACUACCUCGAUUAACUUCACUGAGCUUUGCCAGUGCUGCAGUUUUAGAUACAGACAGUGUCAACACAUUAGUAGAGAGACUGAUCACAUCCGCUCCCAUCUUGACUAGUCUGGAGCUUAUGUUGGCAUAUAGACCUUGUGCAUGGUUGAUGGAGAUGGCAGGUAACAAGAUACUUGUUGGGAUAAGAACAUUGAGACUCAGUUUUAGUGCUCGAUCUCUCAGUAAGUGGAUACCUAACCAAUCAAUGAACCAAGUGGACACAUCAUUUUAUGUUUUAUUAAUAGAACUUCUACCAAAUCUUGAGGUAUUGAUGCUAGGUAUGCUUCAUAAUUAUGUCUUCAAUCAGAUAAGAAUGAUAUAUCACACUUCAAACCUGAAGAUUAUUGCAAGAGGUAAACCAUAUAUAGGCUAUGCUCUACUGACUCCAAAGUAAAUGUUGAAAUUAAAAUAACAUUUCUAAACAUUAUUUGCUCUUUUCUCUACUUUCAUAUUUGUUUCGGUAGUACAGUUAGGUAGCAUGUCUAUCUCGUGCUUGGCAGAUUAAGCCUAAAACUCUCCUUGAGUUAAAUGACCGACAAGGGUUUAGCGCUUCAUAGGAAUUAUAAUAAAAAUUACUUUAUUUCUUUAUUAUUUUUAGUUUUGCACUGGAAUAGAGAGAAUUCCUACAUUUCUUUAUUGUUUUAGGUUUGUGCUAUAAUGAUCCGAAAUAUUCCCAUUUCUUAACCUUGGGUAUAAAGACAAUAUACAGAACAAACAUUCAUUGGAAUUACAUUUUACUCGGGUAGAGGUUCAUUAAUUCAUAACUUUGUGAAGCUCAACCCUGAACAAAACAUCAUCCCCAUAUAAGGUAAUCCAGAAAAGGGAAAAACAUUGACUAUUGUUCAUUCAGUUGUUCUCUUUCCAGAAGUUCACAGACAUCACAAUUCAAAUGACCCUCUGAGCCAAAACUUCCUCACCCUUCCUUUAGAGUGCAGAAAUCAAGUCUAGCUAAUCUGUUUCCCUGAGUUCCUUUAUAAAUGUUAUCUCAUUCUAACUCCAACAGCCUGCCAAGCCACAAAAACCAUUUGUCCCCACUUCCUCUAAUCUAACAUGCUUACGUAAGUCUUCUGGAUAUUCAAUCCCUAGCACUCACAACCUCCUCUACCUCUCUCCUCCAACCUCUCCUGGGAUGUUUCCUAUUCCUCCUCCAUUCUACCCCAGAUUUAUACAUCCUUUAUAAAUGUCCAAACCACUUCAACAACCACUUUUCAGCUCUGAAUUAUGCUGUACCUUUUGUAGCCCCACACCAUCUAACUUAUACUCUCUGAAUUCUCUGCAUAAUAUUUACACCACACAUUGCUCCCAAACAGAGCAUCACAACCUCCUGCAUUCUCGCUGCAACAUAUCAUAUAAAAGUAUUAGUUCACUAUACUUUGAUAAUUUCCUGCCUUAAGUUCUUCUAUAGACAAACUUAUUUUUUUCACACCACCUACCAGUUUCCCCUCAUCUAUUCUGUUGUUCACCUCAUCUUUUAUAGGCUCAUCUGCUGAUGUGUUCACUCUCAAAUAUCUAAAUACAUUCGCUUUCCCCAUACUCCCUUCCUCUAAUCUGAUGCCCAAUUUCUCAUUGCUGAGCCUAUUUUUGUUACUCUUACCUGUCAUCAUUGCCUUUACAACACUAAACAUGUUCUAACAAUUUUGACCUCUUUCAUUACUUCAGUAUCUAUUUUGCUCCUUAUUCCACUGUAUUUUUAGUUUGUUAAUCUUGAUUUAGGUUAGAGUUGAAUAUCUUGCUUCACUUUGUGUGGCUCGCUCUUGCUGUCAGCCACCAAUACUGUGUCAGCUGGAACAAUUUUCUUCUAAGCAAACCAACUGCUCUCCUCUACCAACUUACUCUCAUCUUUCUGAAAACUCUCACCAUUAAAGUAUGCAGCAGAGUAUCAAUUACCAGGCCUCUUUGGGAAAAUGGGGUGAACCAUUUCAACAUCUUCAGAUGAUCACAUCAUUUUUAUUGUCUCUGUUUUGCACAUUACUUUUUUUACAUUAUCUGUUUAGGUGCCUGAUCAAACAAAACUGCCAGAUAAUGUUCAAAGCUGAAUAUCCAGUUGUCAAAUAAUUGACACAACUGUAUUUAUUAAAGAGCCAUAGGAACAGUACACACAUGUAUUCAGUUCCAGCACCUGUCUCAAAUCUUGCAUUUAGCUUCCCAUUACAGUACAUUUAUGUUGCUAUGUAUAAUAAUUUAAACUUUUUUUCUUAAUAUGUUGGGACAAAAAAUUUUCAAAAAAUAUAAUUAACACUUGUCGCUGCUAAGUAAUAACCUACAUGGAGACAGAUAAAGUUGUCUGAAUUAUAACAGAUUAUUAUUAUUAUUCAUAUUAUUAUUAAUAGUAGUACAUACGUAUAUAUUAUUAUAAUAAUAAUUAUUUUUUUUUCAACAAACUGGCCAUAUCCCACCAAGGCAGGGUGGCCCAAAAAGAAAAACGAAAGUUUCUCUUUUUAAAUUUAGUAAUAUAUACAGGAGAAGGGGUUACUAGCCCCUUGCUCCCGGCAUUUUAGUCACUUCUUGCAACACGCAUGGCUUACGGAGGA